UUUCCCUUUAUUACCUGUUGCCUUACAAUUCUAUAGACACUGUCGUCAUAUGCAUAUCUUUUGUAUGUAUACAUCACUCCAAACCCUAGCCCAACUCCCAUUUCCGUCAGCAUUCUUAUCAUUUAUCACAAACCUAAGAAAAAGCCCACCGACUGGGUUUCAAUUUCAAGAUCUUUUUAACUAUUCCUGUUCACCUUUCAAGCAGCAAGCAUAUAAAUGUGCCCAGAAUGGCAUACGAAUAAGCUAAUUGAACAGGAGGGUAUAAAGAUGGAAAUAUAGAUAUAGAUAUACAUACAUGCAGAGAAAAAAAGAAGAUAUAUAACAGGGAUAUGGAUGAAAUUGAGGGAGGGAAUUGCUAUUGGGCAAACAUGCCUUCAGAGCUAUUGAGGGAAGUGUUAAUGAAGAUAGAGGAUUCUGAAUCCAGUUGGCCCGCGAGAAAACACGUAGUGGCGUGUGCUGGCGUGUGUAAAAGCUGGAGGGAGAUAAUUAAGGAGUUGGUCAAAACCCUCGAGGUUUCUGGCAAAAUCACUUUUCCUAUAUCCAUUAAGCAGCCAGGUCCAAGGGUAUCUCCUGUCCAAUGUUUUGUAAAAAGGAAUCGCGCUACGCAAAUGCAUUAUCUUUACCUCAGCUUAAGUCAAGCUCUGGCUGAUGAUGGCAAGUUUCUUCUAGCUGCUCGUAGGUUUAGGCGCCCCUCGUUCACAGAAUACGUGAUUUCUCUACACCCUGACCAUAUGUUCAGGGCAAGCAGCCAUUAUAUAGGAAAAUUGAGAUCCAAUUUUCUGGGAAAUAAGUUUGUUGUAUACGAUGCUCUGCCUCCCCAUGCUGGAGCCAAAAUGCUCCGAUCUCGCUCCACGCAGAUGGUUGGCUUAAAACAAAUAUCUCCAAGAGUUCCUGCUGGCAACUAUCCAAUUGCCCAGAUCACAUAUGAGUUGAAUGUGCUGGGAGCCAGGAGUCCAAGACGAAUGCAUUGUAUCAUGGAUGCAAUUCCAGCUUCUGCCAUUAAACCUGGAGGUGUAGCUCCUACGCGGAUCGAUUUCCCCAUCAGCAAUUCAGAUUCCUUUCCAGCGAAUCCAUUUUUCCGGUCAAAGCCAAAUGGAUUGGAUAAAUCCCUGUCAAUGCCUUUGGAUAGCCAAAGAGAUGCAUCGCUCGUUUUGAGAAAUGAGGCUCCAAGAUGGAAUCAGCAGCUUCAUUGCUGGUGUUUGAACUUUCAUGGACGGGUGACAGUUGCAUCAGUGAAGAACUUUCAGUUGGUGGCUUCUCCGGAGAAUGGUUUGGUUGGGGCAGAAAACGAGAAGAUCCUCCUUCAGUUUGGGAAAGUUGGGAAAGAUGUGUUCACUAUGGACUAUUGCUAUCCGCUAUCGGCAUUCCAGGCAUUUGCCAUCUCUCUUAGCAGCUUUGAUACUAAAAGUACUCGUGAAUGAUACACAUUGAGUGGUAUAAAUCUAAUUCCCUUGUUCAUAAAAUGUCUUAGUCAAACAAAUGACAUUGUGCUGCCUUAAUUACCUUGUGGUAUGUGAUCAUAUGCCUAAUAAGUCGAAAAUAUACAGUUACGUGUUUUAUAAGUUGCCAUCUCGCGUUGUUCUUUUUUCUAAA